CACAAGCAUCAUGAUCCCGUUUGAGCUUGUGGGUCAUCAUUUAGAGUACAUCUCGGACUACCUUGGUCAAGAAUCCGUCGAAUUUUUGGCCAUUAAUAACCAUGACUGUACGCACAUAGUAUGCUACCCCAAAGUGGGCCGCCCCGAUGUGAGUCCUGUCCGAUUCAUGACUGUAGUAUAUGAGAAACUUGUCUAAACCCCACAGGAGCAAUUUCCAAACCUCAAAGCCCUCACAGUUUAUGUGUCGGAAGAGGACCCUGCAAUAGGUGGUCUCUG